AUGGCCAAAAAGAAGAAACGAUCCAAUCGUUUACUCCACAGAUUAGCAUCUCACGAACAAACAGCAUCUAACAACUCUUUCUCUAUACCCUCCUCAAUUAUCUAUAAUAUACUUUCUCAUCUUCCCCCCUCAUCUCCUUCUACACUUCCGACCCUCCGUUCUUGUCAACUUAUCAAUCACUCAUGGUGCGAAGCGGCCUUGAGAACGUUCUGGGAACAACCGUUUUAUUACAGUCAAAGCUAUAAAAUACUUGAAAAAUAUUUAGAAUGGAUUGGCGACGAGGAAUGGGAAAAGUUGGCAACGAUAGGCCUGUUUAAGCCAAAGUUUCGGAAAUCGAAUAACAGCCCCCCAAGAAAAAAGUGGAUUGACUAUCCAUCACUUAUAAAGCAUCUAGACUAUGUCGCAAUGUUAGAUGCUAGCCAUAACUAUAUCGAUCGGUUUGCUUCCAUCAUGGACGAAUCAUCUUCCAUUUCGUCUCCAGUAUCCGUUCUCAUGCAGUGUAUAUUUACACUAUUCCAACAUCACGGUGUACGAUUAGAGAGUCUAUCAAUGGACACACACUCCAGAGAUGUAUAUGAUAUUGAGUUUGACGAUGAAUACAUGAUAUUGGCGGUUAGAGAAUACGGUGAAUUGGUGGAGCAUUUAAAAAGGGUAGAGAUUAAGACUGGAUUUAAUAAGGAAAGAUUGUUCUUGUGGUUAGCAGGGAAUUGUCGAGAGUUGACUCACGUAGACAUAAACAUGCUGCGUGUACGCACGUACGCAAUGCAACAGAAUUGGGAUGAGAAUGCCUCUCUCUUCACCUUUCUCAAAUCUCAACGACACAUUAUUCACUUCCACCUUUCCAACUUUGACUCUGAUACAUCCGAAAUGGAGCUUAUAUCCCCCGCCAUAUCGAGUUUUUCCAAUGAGCUCUCAUCUCUUGUUUUCACUGACGUCGAUUUCCGAGGCUGUGGUCCUUUGGAUUCUAUUGCCGAGUGUGACAAUCUUCAACGGCUGUGGUUUGAGAAUGUAGAUAAUUUGGAUGAAGAAAUGGUUGAUCCCAUCGUUUACAAGAAAUGGGCGGCUUUAAAAGAUGUCGUGGCCUCGGGUGGUGUGUGCGGACGAAUUCUCGAAUGGAUCGAUAACCGUAAAAUGGCUGGUGAAAGCAGGGACGAGAAUAUGGGAUAUGGAGAAUUUGGGCAUGGCGGGUGUGGAGGUGAAGGGAAUUUCAAUAAUUUCUAUGGAGCGGGAAAAAUCGAGUUACUAUUCACCGUGUUAGGGUGUAUAGGAAUAGUUGGAUUCUUCUUAAUGAUUAUUUUAGUUUUAAUAUUUAUUGUGCUUCCGAGUACAAAACACAAUCCUGUUAUAAAAAAGAUAUUACUCCCAUUAGCAGUAAGUGUCCUAUUGUUCUCUGCUGCUGAUUUCUUCAGUAUAGACCAAAGGCGUACUCAGUGUGUUGAUGAAGUUGAGCCGGCAACGAUCCGUAACAAUAAACUGUGCGCCGCUCAAGCAUUUUUCGAACUUGCUGGCGCGUACGCCGUUGCUCUGUGGGCAAGCGUAUUGAUCAUUAACCUUCACAUGUUAUCAGUUUGGAGAUCUGAUUUUGUACUGAGGAAUAUCAAAUAUUUCCACGUACCCGUUUGGAUAAUGGUUUUUCUCGCAGCCUUUCUUCCGAUGAUGUUAAACCAAGUAGAAUCAGGAGGAUUUUGCUUUGUUUCUCAUAAGGCUACCCCAAUAUUCUACUACAUUCUCAGUUUCAUAUUUCCAGUAUGUCUUCUACAUUUGGUUACGUUAGCAUAUAUGGCAAAGGUCUCAAACAGAGCGAACAGUAGGCGAAAAGAGGCGAGAAUGUCUUUCUCAGAAGCGCAGGUGUUGUUUGUUCACAUAAAGCAUGUCAUAAAAGUGCAAUGGAGAGCGUUCAUGGGCGCGGCUUUUAUGCUGGUCGUAUACCUCACGGAUUUUUAUUUUACCUUUAGCACUCGUAAAUUUGUCAUCACGCCGAAUACCGUUUGGUUUCAACAAUGGGUCGAAUGUAUGGAACAAACAGGUGACCAGGAUGGCUGUGCAUCUUAUGCCAUCGUACCAUCUUUCGUUCUCCAAGUUAUCGUGCUCACUCUUAAUCGCAGUGUCGGAGUGGUUAUAUUCAUCAUAUUUGCGGGCAAAAAAAGUGUGUUCAAAGAAAUGAUUCGACUAAUAACAAGAAACCCUGGAGAGGAGUCUAUCUUAGGACUUAGUUCCAUUCCAGAUGUACGCGGAAGUAGGAUGUCUAGUAUAGCAAAACGAAGCAGGCUCGAAGAUUACGAGAGAGGGCGGUCGAAGGGGGGAAAGAAGCCAGAGUUGCGUAAAAUUGAUUACAAUCCAAGAAACUUGGAAGGUAGAAAAGGCGAACAAUCAAGAAUCAAACGUACAAACCGGAAACCUGGAAAUAAUAGAAGUAGACGCGAGACACGCGAAGCCAAAACGAGAGCAACGAAUAGCGAACCUGUAACAGAAAUAGUUGUAAACGCGGCUGUUUUACCACCAUUACCGAUCCCCGCUUCACCACCGCCAUCUUUGCCUACAUAUACACCGUCAAACCAUCCUCUAUUACCUCCUAAAUUACAUUUACCUCCGCCCCCUCCGUUUGAUCCGCCUACUUCGUUAUCGCCGAGACCGAGAAAGGCAUAUUCACCUGUUCAGUAUAUUGGCGACUCAAAUCCAACAGCUUUCCAACCUGUUAUUAUGCAAGCAACGGAUGUUACGUCUGCAGAUGUACAAAUUAGUUCGCCUAGUCAGAACGAUUACAGCACAGACUUAAAUACUUCGCAACCUAUGCAAGUAUCCGAUUUUACGUCAACGGAAGUUGAACAUACUGAUACGCUAGUUAGGUUGCCUGCUCAGCACUUUUAUGGCACAAGUUCAGAUGCUUCGCAACCUUCUCUUAGCCAAUUCUCGGACGUUCCGUCUAUAGAGGACCAAUAUACUGAUAUGCAAGUUAGUUCGCCCGCUCAGAACGAUUACGGCACGAAUUCAAAUGGUUCGCAACCUGCUCUCAAUCAGUUGUCGGACGUUCCCUCCACAGAGGUCCAAUGUACACAAGUUAGUUCGUCUGCUCAGAACGAUUACGACAAAAGUGUAAAUGCUUCUCCACCUGUUAUACGAGUGUCGGAUUUUACGUCACCGGAGGACGAAUAUACUGAUAUGCAAGUUAGUUCGUCUGCUCAGAACGAUUGCGGCACAAGUCUAAAUGCUUCUCAACAAGUGUCGGAUGCUACGUCACCGGAGGUCCAACAUACUGAUAUGCAAGUUAGUUCGUCUGCUCAGAACGAUUACGACACAAGUUUAGAUGCUUCUCAACCAGUUAUACAAGUGUCGAAUGUUGCGUCACCGGAGGACCAAUAUUCUGAUGUGCAAGUUAGUUCGGCUGCUCAGAACGAUCACGGCCAAAGUUCACAUACUUCACAUUUUUCUAUUAGUCAAUUGACGGAUGUUUCGCCAGUAGAGACUCAUACUAAUUAG